UGCAGGUCCAGUGAUUGCACCUUACAAGGCACCGCAGUCCAGAACCUCUCCGCGGUCCUCAGUGCCAUCCUAAUGUAGUGUCAUCCUCAAUCUGCAGGGAUAGAGCAUCAUCCAUUCACUGACAGUGCCGUUGAGUUUCCUCGCACGUCCUCUCCUCUGCUGCCAUGGCAAAAUUAGAGUCAAGAACUGUCCUGAGUGACACAGCCUACCAGAACCAAGAGUCCUUCCACUCUUUCGCCGGCAGGUCUUCUGACUCUCCCUCCCAGGGCAUUAUGGGCAGUGUGGGCAGCGGAGUUGCCAAUGAACAAGAGUUUGCAAUGAAGAGUGUGGGAACCAGAACUCAGAACAGCCUCAAGCAGAACGACAGCUUCAGAAAUGGCUACUCGAACCGAUACUCGGGGGAAGAGAAGAGUUACAAAACGGAGAAAAACUCCAUGUACAUCAACGAGCAGCGCAAGAGCGAAAAGAGCAAUGAGACUUUGGUGAGACCCUCUGCCUUUAAACCGGUGGUCCCGAAGAAUUUCCAUUCCAUGCAGAACUUAUGUCCACCAGUGAACAAUGGAGUCACUGAGAACCGAAAGGGCUCUGGUCAUGGGAACAGCAACAGUUCAGCUGCCUUGAAAAGCAGUUUGGAGAAGACCAGCCACAAUAGGUCUUCCAACCAGGUGGGAGGUCUAUCUGACUCUGGUCGCAAUUCAUUGACCAGCCUACCAACGUAUGGGACUGGUUAUAGCCAGCAUGUUGGCCCAAUGAGUGCGUCAACAAGCCAUAUAAAUCGUAUUGGGACUACCUAUGUAGAAAAAAAUAUAGUAGGUUAUAAUGGAAUUUCUACCUCAGAUAGCGGCCGAUCUUCCAGCAAAAGCACGUCUUCUUUUACCAGACUCAACCAUCUUAACGAGACCUUGCCUUUCCAUUCGCCCUCAAGUGACGACAUCAUUCAAGACCUAGAAGAUCGUCUCUGGGAAAAGGAGCAAGAGGUGAUACAGAUGAAGAGGAACUUAGACAAAAGCGAGGCUGCAAUUUUUCAAGUCUUUGAAGAGAAACAGAAAAUCUGGGAACGGGAAAUGGAUGACUUGAGACAGAAUUACGCCAACAAGCUGCAGCAAGUGUCCAAGAAAGCACAACGUGCCCAGCAAGCAUUACAGUUGCAGAUAUUCAAGCUCCAGCAGGAAAAGAAGAAGUUUCAAGAUGAUGUUGCGCAGUUGCUUCAGGAACGGGAGGAAUUAGAGAAGAAGUGCAUGGUCUUUAAGAAAGAGCAGUCCGAGUUCCUGCCAAAGAUUGAGGAAACCAAGUGGGAGGUUUGUCAAAAAGCUGGGGAGAUAUCACUUUUGAAGCAGCAAUUGAAAGAUGCCCAGGCAGACAUUGCUCAGAAACUCAAUGAGAUAGUUGGCCUUAGAACACAGUUAAAAGAAGUAAAAGCCUUGCUACGGGAGAAAGAGGAACAGAUUUCUUCCAUUAAAGAUUCCUACAGCUCGAAGAGUGUCAGUCUGGAGAUCUGCGAGAACGAAGUGCAAAGAAAGCAAAGCGAAGCCCAGCAAAUGAAGGAGAAGCUCAGUCAAUGUGAACAGGAGAUAGCGGGUUUGAAGGAGACCUUGACGGAUCUGGGUCAGAACCCGUACGCCAUGGAACUCAAUGAUAAACUGAGGGACACUCUGGCAUGUGAGAGCGAUGAGGCCAAGAUGAAACGCCAAAACGAGGACAGUGUAGGCACUCUUAAGAAGGAUAUGGAGAAGCUCCAGGUUGAGUUGUCAAUGGAGAGACAACAGCGGGACCAGCAGGUGGUGGACUUUGAGGAGGAGAGACGCACGUGGCAAGAAGAGAAGGAAAAAGUCAUAAAGUAUCAGAAGCAGCUUCAGCUCAACUACGUGGAGAUGUAUCAAAAAAAUCAGCAACUGGAGCAAAAGAUCAAUGAGUUAACCACAAAGGUCACCACACCGCCAGCAGAAGACAAGAAGCCUUGGACGCCAUCAAGGUUGGAGAGGAUAGAAUCCACCGAGAUAUAAAGAUUGUUGACUGAGUGUACACAGCUAGGUACUCACUGUGCAUGUGCUACCUACUCCAGCCCGUGGUAUCAGGAAAAGACCUAACAGAGUCUAAGGGGACCAGUGACGCCAACUCCAUAAAAGACGACCCUGAAGGACUCGAAAAAAGGCGUCUCAAGUGCUUGCUAUAAUCUACAUUUAUGGUAUACAGUUUGUUAUGCCGCCAAUGAUACUCUGUGUCUGUUUUUCUUUUCCCUUCCGCUUUCACCUCCCUCUGACUGCCGGUCGAAUAGGUGUAUUAUAUUGUUAUAAUGUACCGCUAGGCAGUCAAAGGGAAAGUGCAGUGUUGUGACUGUUACCAGUCCUUAAUCCUUUAGGACUCACGGAAAGAAAGGUCAAAGUAACUUGGAUAAUGAGUUAAUUUUAGCCAUAUUGGCUAGCAAUGGAAGUUCUGCUGUGCAGUGAAAUCUAGCAAUCUUUAAUAUACUUCCCACCGUUCUAGGCACUGUUUACUGUGAAUUAUCCCAAAAUCUUUCGAGGGAUAGUAGUAAAUGUUCUCUGUUAAACCGCCAGGUUUUUCCUAUAGUAUUACAUAAUAUUUUUGCAAGUCUGCACUGCUGACUGUGAGGUAAUUCACCAGUCCGUGUGUUGUCACGAUGAAGGUUAUUGUAAGGAGGUCUUCUUUUAUGUCAUCCCUUUGCCUUUUAAUUACCUUCCCAUAGCCCUCAACCUUCCCCUACCCUGGACCGGGAUGUAAGCGUCCCCCAAUAAUCCCACUGCUGAGACCUCCAGAUACAAUCCGUGAAAGAACCUUUUAGUAAGAGUGUAAUUUUCUUGUGGCGCCUCCAAAGGGGAAAUGAAGUAUUACACGGUGCUCAUUGAAACCUAGUGUCCCUUUCUGUGUAAUACAAGGUCAAGUCUGGUCCUCCAAAGAGAAAGACACUCUUUGCAGAUGCUCUCUUAAAAGGUUUUGUCCAAUUUAGGAAAAAACAUUUUCAUCCACCCUAUUAGUACAUUCCGAGUUUAUAGAGCAGAGUGGACAAAGAGUGUCUCCUCCCUUGGAGGACUUGUCCUUUCCUGCAUUACACAGACAUUCCUUUGAUGUGAAUGGUCACUAUGUAAUUUAUAAUUUCCCCAUUGGUGGCACUCACAAGUUCACAUAGUGUCUUCUUGCUUGCACCUCCAGCAAUCAGCUGUAUAAAAAUCUGGCAGUAAGGGCUCAUGCCCACGAACGUAAGUGCAAAUUGCGGUCUGCAAUGCACGGGCACCGACCGUGGGGCAGCCACAUGCGGA